ACGCACCAUGACAGACAGGGGAGGACAUUGCAAUUGCAGAAACCUAACGAGAUAUUUAUGUCGUUGUGGGAAACCACUGAGAAGGUAAAGUGAAAUGCAGAAACCUCAGGGAAGGUAAGUGAAAUUUUACCACAACAGAAGAAGCAAGGUACUUUGUCAGAGAGAGAGAGAGAGAGAGAGAGAGAGAGCUGUUCGGCUGUUCCCAAAACUAAAGCAGAGAGAGGUGGCAGUUAGAGAGAGAGUCAGAGAAAGAGAGAGAGAGAGAGAAUGGAAGAUGAACUAGAGGUGAAUAAGCAGCAGAGCAAUUGCGACAAUUUGGUGUGUGAACGACCAACGGAUGAUCCGGUUCGGGUAUACGCAGAUGGUAUAUACGAUCUGUUCCACUUCGGCCACGCUCGCUCUCUCGAACAAGCCAAGAAAUCGUUUCCCAACUCCUAUCUGCUUGUUGGAUGCUGCAAUGAUGAAGUGACUCAUAAAUACAAGGGCAAAACUGUCAUGACUGACAAGGAACGCUAUGAAUCUCUCCGCCACUGCAACUAUGCUGAUGCAAGUGGGGCAGGCAAGGAUGUUUAUGAGUUUGUCAAGGCUUUAGGGAAGUUUAAGGAGACAAAACGAACUGAAGGGAUCUCAACAUCAGAUAUAAUAAUGAGGAUUGUCAAAGAUUAUAACCAGUAUGUAUUGCGCAACUUGGACCGGGGAUACUCAAGAAAGGAACUUGGCGUCAGCUAUGUGAAGGAAAAGAGGUUGAGAGUGAACAGGGGACUGAAAAAGUUGCGUGAGAAAGUUCAGAAACAUCAAGAGAAAGUGGAAGAAAAGAUAGAAACCGUAAAAAGGCAGCGUAACAUAUGGGUGGAGAAUGCUGAUCGAUUGGUUGCUGGCUUCCUAGAAAUGUUUGAAGAAAGUUGCCACAAAAUGGGUACUGUCAUCAGAGACCAAAUACAAGAGCGACUACUGGCAAAGGCAAAAACAAGAGGACUUAUCUAUGACGAUGAAGAAGGCGAUUGCGAUGAGGAUGAUGAUGGUGAAUACUACUACGAUGAUAGUACUGAAGAAGAGUAUUACGAUGAUGAACAUGAACUGGAAUGAACUACUUCAUUGUGCUCUUCUUGCAUUCCUCUGGUUGUCCACUUUAACUUGUAUGUACGGUUCCAUAGCAGAUGUGCAAGUUUGCAAAACCUAGAUUCUGGUAUGAGUGGGAAUUGUUUAUUCAAUAAGUAUAUCUGUUGCUCUCCCUAGUAUUGGAUGUAAGAAAUGGAAGUUUGAGUAUGUGAAUAAUUAUUGCAGAUACUGAAACAAGUUUUAGGAUUGAAAUUGUUGAAGUUUAAACAUAUGGGUAGCUUUUAGUUAUUUAUGCAGUUUUCGCCUUGUUAUGCAACUUGGUGGGAGAACAAUUUUGAUAUGAAAAUUUAAUCUCUUGGAGUUUUUAGUCUA